CCAGCGGUAUCUCGCGUCAGCGUUGGUGGUAUAGUGGUUAGCAUAGCUGCCUUCCAAGCAGUUGACCCGGGUUCGAUUCCCGGCCAACGCAGCUCCUUUUGAACCCGGACAGCGGGAUCGGCACCGUUACACUCGGUGUUACAUGUUUUAUGUAACAGUUUACACGUUAGGCUCUGGUUACACGUGUGACUCAUGAUCAUUUACAUAUAAAAAUAAACCAACACAGGUAGUUUCUGACUGAUAACAGUUGUGUUAGAACACCUGUCAUGUGUGGCUUACAGAGAAGAACAACAGUCGUGUUUCUCUUUGGGUGCAGGCCUCUCCUUCUACGCUCUGGUGCAGACAUGGGGAGGUUUUUCCACAGCGAGGUCGACAUCAAGAGUCCGUGGCAUCAGGUGCUGGUGGCUUUCUGGCAGCGCUACCCAAACCCGCACAGCGCUCACGUCCUCACGGAGGAUGUCCUGUACCGUGAGGUCACACCCAGCAACCACCUGUUGUCACGGAAACUGAUGACCAAAACCAACCGGCUGCCGGGAUGGGCAGAGCGAAUAUUCCCCACCCACAUGGCGCGGGCCGUCUACAUCCUAGAGGACUCCAUCGUGGACCCACAGACGAACACCUUCAUCACCAAGACCUGGAACCUGAAUCACAACACACUGAUGACAGUGGUGGAGCGCUGCCUCUUCCAAGAGGACAUCUGUCGGCCUUCUUGGACCAAACUGAGGCGAGAAGCCUGGAUCUUCUCAAAUGUUUACGGGCUGGCCCGCCCCAUACAGGAGUUCGGCCUGGCCAGGUUUAAAAGUAACCAGACUAAAGCCAUGAGGGGUCUAGAGUUCGCCCUGACCAGGAUCCAGACUGAAACUCCUCCCCAUUUCCACAAUGACCAGGAAGAACCACCAGACAAGAAUAAGCCCCUCCCCCCACAGACCACACCCACCUCCAGCCAGACACCUAGGCAGUGUGUCUGAAGCCCCAACGUUAAUAAAGAUGGACCAGAAUGGCUCAAGGCCCCUCCCCCCAGUCCCAAUACUUACGCUGCACCCUACGGGCUUCGGUUGAGUGCACUUGGAGAAGGUGCGCUGUAAGGCUUUGAGUGAGUGGUACAUUUUUCGAAUUGAGCCAGGGAGCCGUACGUCAUUAGCCCAAGUCUGCAUCGAUGCACCUGAGAAUCGGGACAUCCUACGCACUUGCACCUGGUCUGGAUCGCGUAAUUGGAGGGCACAAGUGGAAGUGUGAGUAUUGGGAUUGGGCCUUUGAAAGUCUGCUCUCUUCAGACGUUGGUUGUCUGAAAAUUCUCCUACAUAAACUGCAAACUGAAGGAGGCGGAGCAUCAGGUCUAGCUCAGCCGUGAUUGGUUACGUCCAGAUGUCACUCAUCACAUGACAAAGUGGGAGUUUAUUAUCGUUUUGCCUGUUGGUUAAGGGUCUCUGUGGAAUCUCCUGCUUGCUGAGUAGAAUCAGGAUUUAAGCAGAUUAUUAUUUUAGAUUUAGAUUUUAGAUUAAACUAUGAAAUUAUUUUUGUGAGGAUUAAUAUUUCAGAUUGUGAAAUCAUCUAAUUUAGAACAAGCACGUUCAUUUAUUUCAAUCUAUGUGGUUGCCAAGGUAAAAUAACUGUUUCUGGGUUAUUUGAGUCUAUUUUCAUGUCAGACAAAAUAAAAACUUACAACUGUUGAAAAUAA